CGGCCGGGAGAGCGCUCCUCCGCCCCGCGCCGUCCCUGCGCCCCGCUCCGCUCGCGCCUCGCCGUCCGCGCCGCGCCUCGGGCAGCCAGAGCGCGCCUCUCACACCGCAGCGAGCGCCGCCCGCCCAGCCCAGCCCAGCCUUCCUCCUCCUCCCGCUCCUCCGCCUCCUCCUUCGCCGCCGCCGGACACGCAGCCGCAGGCCGGGGCCGGGACGCAGCUGGGGCGGCAGGGACGCGCGCAGCCAGCCCUUCCCCCUCCGGCUCCCGCACCGCCGGCCGCCUCCCCGCGCCCUCCUCCUCUCCCCUCCCGGCUCCUUCGCUUCUCCUCCUCCUUCUCUCCCGGCCCCGGCUGCCAGCACCAUGUCCGCAGGGGGAGAUUUUGGGAACCCACUGAGAAAAUUCAAGUUGGUGUUCCUGGGGGAGCAGAGCGUCGGAAAGACGUCUCUGAUUACGCGGUUCAUGUAUGACAGCUUCGACAACACGUACCAGGCAACCAUUGGAAUUGACUUCUUGUCAAAAACCAUGUACUUGGAGGAUCGUACGGUGCGACUGCAGCUCUGGGACACAGCGGGCCAGGAGAGGUUCCGCAGCCUGAUCCCCAGCUACAUCCGGGACUCCACGGUGGCCGUCGUGGUGUACGACAUCACUAACCUCAACUCCUUCCAGCAGACCUCUAAGUGGAUUGAUGACGUCAGGACGGAGAGGGGCAGCGACGUUAUCAUCAUGCUGGUGGGCAACAAGACGGACCUGGCUGACAAGAGGCAGAUAACCAUCGAGGAGGGGGAGCAGCGCGCCAAAGAGCUGAGCGUCAUGUUCAUCGAGACCAGUGCGAAGACCGGCUACAACGUGAAGCAGCUCUUUCGACGUGUGGCAUCGGCUCUGCCUGGAAUGGAGAAUGUUCAGGAGAAAAGUAAAGAAGGGAUGAUCGACAUCAAGCUGGACAAACCCCAGGAGCCCCCAGCCAGCGAAGGCGGCUGCUCCUGCUAAUGCAGCCUGACUUGAAGGCUUCCUCCGACACUUCUCGCUUGUUGUGUUGCUUCCUAUUGGUUAGCUUCCUAAGGGGGGUGGGAAACAAGCUUAUCCAGAUGGGAGGAUUUUUCUUUUCUCUCUGUCUCUAGGAGUAGGGUGGGGUGGGGAGGGAGGCUGGGCAUCAGGGAUCACGUCACUCUUAACAGCUGUUACUCAAACAACUAUUUUUUGGUUUGGUUGUAAUAUAUUGUACUUUAUUAAGAUUGCCAAAAACGGUUAAAAUUUAAAAAAAAAAAA